CCCCGGGCAAUAGGGGAUCAUGGGGCCCCUGUGUCCUUGCCCAAACUCAAAAAAGCCUAUGAAAAAGGUACCAGGGGCAUCUCAUGGGGCCUCCUACUGACCCCGGGCCCUCGGGCAGUGCCCGAGUUUCCAAAUGGUCAGUCCGCCCCUGGUCCAACAUAUGCUCAAAGUCCAUGCAAAAAUGUGGAAACCACUGUGCAAUGCUUUCCAAAGGAUGGUGUUCUUCAGAUAUGUAAAACACCCCACCCAGCAAGGCACAUGUAUGUGCUUACCGCAGUGAAUGUGACUCUCAGCCUUAGAGAAGUCAAAACACGCUUUAUAUGAAGAUCAU